GCGCUCAAGUCUGGUUAGCUACAAACAUCCGCUGUGAUGCUACUUAGCUCGUGACUCCGCAUUUGGUUUGUUUUUAUACAUUCCCAAAGCAGCGUGCGGAUGAAUUUAUUAAGCCACACGUGUCUCUUUUAAUGAUACGGGGCUAGACUUGUGGGCAUUUGGAGCGUUUUUUUAUUUUAAUUGCUCGUCAAAAAUACUAGCCGAGUUUUAGCGUUAGCUAGCCGACAAGUUGUUUCCCACAACUGCGAAAAGGUGAACAGCAUCGCCAUGAAUGUUGACAGCGCGAAUCAGUCUGUCACCACCGGAGCUUCGUCUAACGUCACGACGUCUUUAACUUCAAGCAACUGUACCGUGAAUGAGAAUGCGACCAGCAACGUCGGCAGCAACCCCGUGGUUACCAGCAAUGCGUCGGCCCCUGCCCCUACCGUGACGUCAUCAUCAGACUCGUCUGUGCCCAAUGGAGUUUAUGUUCCGGGAGGCAUCACCAAUGGAGAUGUAAAGUCUACCGUCUCUACAACCCCACUGGCUGACUUCGUCAUGCAACUGGAAGAGUAUACUCCCACGGCAAGUCUUGCUUUCUCUCUACCGAUUCCUGAUGCAGUGACAGGCUACUACCUCAACCGGGCAGGCUUCGAAGCAUCUGAUCCAAGAAUAAUCCGUUUGAUCUCGCUUGCCUCGCAGAAGUUCAUUUCAGACAUCGCCAAUGAUGCUCUUCAGUAUUGUAAAAUGAAGGGGACUGCGUCGGGGAGCUCAAGGAGCAAGGCAAAGGAUAAGAAGUACACUCUGACAAUGGAGGACCUGGCCCCCGCUCUUUCAGAAUACGGCGUUAAUGUCAAGAAGCCCUACUACUUUACAUAGAAUACAGGCUCCUUUUGCUUGAGCUAGUUUUAAUUUCUGGCUAACAAUGUCACUUUUUUGUCAAAUUGCUCAUUUUCAGUCACGGUGCUUUAACACAUCUGUGCUACUCAUACAGCACAUUUGACAAAGUUGUGUUCAAUUCAAUUUUGAAGUCACUCUUUAUUUUUGUGGUUCCACCUCUGACUUUUCCUUGUUUGUUAAUGUUUUAUUGUACAAAUAAAACCCAAAAUAUGAA